AUGAACCUUGCACACAAGUUUAUUCGGAACGGACCGCACGAGCUUGUGGUACGCUCUCUGCGCCUAAGCUUCGUGCAGAGACUGGUGUACAGGAUCGAGUCUGCAGCAGGGCACUACGGUAGUUGCGAGCGCUCACGCGCAUUCUCGGCGGCGGCAGCGGGCAAGACAGGUUCCAGCGGCGACGGGAGAAAGCAUAGCGGCAACCGGGUGCCACCGGCCGGUGAACGCGACACGGAUGAACUGAAAGCAGGGUCACAGCGUGGACCAGAGCUCGCCGAGAACCGUGUGGGACGAGAGCAACUGCAUAGGCGUUCCGGUGCGCCUGUUCACGGUAGGCAGCUCAACUGGGAAGAGGCGCAAAGACGCGCUGUGCUCGAGCUGUUCGGAAACCCGGCCUGGCUUGCUCCAUACGCAGCAGAGAUUCCGGUACAGGAACUCUCUCGAAUGCUGACAACUUUUCAGCUGGUGCAGGAACAACCACGGACAUUGCUCGCAGAUCCAGUGCUUCCUAAGUUUGGUCGACCAAAAGACAGUCCUGUUGGUGUUCAUGUUCCCGAGUCAGUGAUUGCUGCUUUUCGCCGAGAGUAUCCGCCGGCAGUCGCUGGAGCCUUGGAGCUCCUCGAUCCCGGUUUUGUCUGGGAUACCGAGGCGGGAGGUAUCCCUCGCCCAAAGAGUGAACUCCCGCCUUCUGUCUAUCGUGAAGACCUGGAGACACUCUGGCAACGGGUCGAUGAGCGUACCACCGGAGCAGACGAGCUCCGACAAACGGCUCGUUCGAGUAGGACAGGCGUCAGUCGUGGACCGCUCGCAGCGCUUGCCCAGUCCACGACGCCUUCGGUUUUGCCGCGGAAACAACAUCGAUGCCCGUUGUGUGACCUGGCCGGGGGCAAGGCACGCGAACUGGCAAUCAAGAGGGCUCGGCGAGAGCGCAAGCGGCAGAUCAAAACAUUCAUAGACUCCUUUACGAGCGAUGUCUUGGAACGGCAACAAGCUCUACGCGAAGGAAGCCCCCAAGGCACGCAGCUUGCGGCCGCCACACCGGACCAAGUCGUCGAUGCUGCGCUCAUGCCGCUUCUUGAAGAAACGGUACAACGCGAACUUGAAGCUGCCAGUCAACGAGAAGUGGUAGACUUUCGGGACGUGGACUUGCUUGUUCGAUUCGUGAACGAGGCGGGUCGCAUUCAGCCGAGAAGGAGGACGCACUGCUGUGCAAAGCAUCAACGGUGGCUAGCACGUGCGAUCAAGCAUGCGCGGAAUGCAGCCUUAAUCAGUCCAAUACGACGGAUCGGGUUCGAUCUUGUGGGCCGCCCCACGGAAUUUUGA